AUUCGGAUAGAUUAGAAUUAUUUUAAUUUUUUUCUUAAAUAAUGAGAAAUAAUGACUCAAUUGAAUUUAUUAGAUCUUGUGUAUUCGGAUACAUUUUGUGAAAUUCAAAAAUUUCUAAGUCUUAAAGACUUUUUCAACUUAAGAUGUGUAAAUACAACUUUACAUGACUAUAUCGAUCACGAGUUGGUAUUAAUUAAACAGAUUAAUUUUGCUGGACAGGAUGAAAGAGCUGUCGAUGCAUUUAAAAUCCUUAAUAAGAGCUGUAAACAUCUUCAAAUCCUUAAUAUCAGCAAAUGUCAAUGGAUGACAAAUGACCUUCUAGUUCCGAUUCUACAAAAUAAUUCCGAAUCACUUGUGAAUAUUAAUUUAAGCUAUUGUGAAAAUAUUACUGAGCUAUCACUUCAUCCAAUCAUUAUUCACUGUAAAAAGUUAAAGAAAUUAAUUUUGUCAAACUGUUACUGGCUUACGAUCGGAUCUUUUGAGACAUUAGUUUUCCAUCAUUCGGAUAUUGAAGAAUUGGACCUAAGUGGAUGCAGUAUGAUUAGUGAAAGAUGUUUGUUGCUUCUUCUUCAGAAGUUCUUUAAACUUCGUGUUCUAUCGUUAGCAUCAAUCAAUAGUGUUAACGAUAACAUUCUCUUUACUAUAUCAAAAUAUCAGACAGAAAUCAUUCAUUUAAAUCUUUUUAGAUGUCCUGAAAUCACAGAUAGAGGUGUUGGUGCUCUUUCACUAAAUUGUAAGAAAUUAGAAACGCUAUCCGUUCGAGGAUGCCUAAAAAUAACAGACAGAAGUUUAGAUUUGUUAAGAAAUCGCAACAUUCACGUGGAUGUCCCAAGAAAUGCUACAAAUGCAUUUAUCAAUAAUUUCGACUAUGCUAGACGAAGAUUAAAUAUGUUUUAUUUGCAAGUGUAGUUUUGUUGAUGUUAGUUCAACUGUAGAUACAUAUUUUAUAUUGGUAAACUGCAAUAAUUGUAUUAAAUAAAAUUUUCAAAAACAUAAAUCAUAACAUCAUUGGUACCCGCGUUGAUGGGACCUAUAGAGCUAGUUUAUAAAUUAUAAUUAAGUUAUAAGAAGAGAAUUGGACAGUGUAAAAACCAGUAAAAACAAUAUUUUUUUUGACAGAUCGAGGGUCUGAAAUUCAAUUUUAUGGAUGAAUCGAAAGUGCACCUGUUUUGACCCUUGAUAAAAAAUGAAUUAAUGCCACGUGUCAGAUUGAAUUUUUUGUUUUAAUCGCUCGUGUUUAAAAUUGUUUAUGUGAGAUUCUAAGUCACAUGUUUCAGCAUGUUUCCACCUGUAACUUUUCUUAUUAUUCGUUAAUAAAAUAUAAAAUUUUCCAUUCAGCUGAGAAGCUUGUAAACUGUUUCUGAAGUCAUAUAAAUACGC